AUGAACUCUCUCGAAUUAUUUUUUUGCAGAUUAUAUCAAUACGACAAGUUAAUACGAGAGAAUAAAAAAACUGGCAAUACUCAAGAAGUUGAACCUCCUAUCUUCGAUAUGAGCUUCGAUUUCGAAGAUGUGCCUCCGGCAACCGUCAAUAAGCGGCAUGAUGAAAAGAAGGAUAACGAAAAUAAGAGGGAAGUCAAAAGUAGAUCAUCCAUUCGCAAAACCAAACCAGUUAAAAAGAUUCCAACUAAAGUUCAGGUCGAGCCAAAGUCGAAAGGUUCUAAAAGGAUCAAGAAUAAUUUACGUAUCGACAUGUUGGGUUUUGACCAAAAACCUAUUUACUCUAUUCGUUCUAAUUCUAUCAAGCGGAGAAAAGCAAGCGAAUGA